AUGGCAAGUCUCACUGAUGAUGCCGACUACGAUGCCGGCGAAACGUGCGUUCGUAGCUUGGUGCGGAGAAUGGCAAAACUCACUGAUGAUGCCGACUACGAUGCCGGCGAAACGUUUGAAAAUGUCUUGGUGCGGAGAAUGGCAAGUCUCACUGAUGAUGCCGACUACGAUGCCGGCGAAACGUCUGAGAAUGUGUCAAGUCCACGGUCGGAUGCUGGGAAUCAAGACAACUACUAUGGCAGACGACUUCGGACU